AUGAACCACACAACAGUAGUGGAAUUUGUCCUCUUGGGGCUGACCAACAGCCGCCAUUUGGAGAUCAUCCUCUUUCUGAUUCUUGUGAUUGCCUACUUCUUGAUCCUGUUUGGAAACAUUACUGUCAUCAGCAUCACACUUGUGGACCAUUUACUUCAGACUCCAAUGUACUUCUUCCUCAGGAAUUUUGCCAUUUUGGAAAUCACUUUCACCUCCACAUUCAUUCCUAGCACCCUCUACAGCCUUCUGACAGAGAGGAAAAUAAUUUCCCUGCCCGGUUGUUUUCUUCAGAUGCUGCUUUUCUUUUACUUGGGUACCUGCACAUUUUUCCACGUGGCAACAAUGUCCUUUGAUAGGUAUGUUGCCAUCUGCCGCCCCUUGCAUUACACAGCUAUUAUGAACAACAGAUUUUGCUUCCAGCUGGUCCUGGCUUGCUGGGCAGUGAGUUUUCUCCUGAUGUCUCCUCCCAUCAUUAUGAUUGUCCAGUUGCCUUUCUGUGGUCCCAAUGUCAUGAACCACUUUUACUGUGAUGCUUCACAGUUGUUGCAGCUGUCCUGCACAGACACAUGGUUCAUUGAAGGACUGCUCUUUAUCCUAUCGAUUAUCAUUGUGCCAGGUACCUUAACAAUAACUGUCAUUUCAUAUGGUUGCAUUAUUAUCACCAUCUUGCAUAUGCCAUCUUCCUCAGGAAGGAAGAAAACAUUUUCCACUUGCUCAGCUCACCUUAUGGUGGUGACUGUAUUUUACAGCACGUCUAUUUACAGGUAUAACCGCACAGCGCAACGGGGUGGGCAGGGCUCUGACAAAGUUCUUUCUUUCUUCUUCUCUGUGGUGACUCAGAUGCUUAACCCAUACAUCUACUCACUCAGGAACAACCAAGUCAAACAAGCUUUGAAGGAGAGCAUGUCAAAGGCAUUUUCUAGCUCCCUGAGGCACCCAUGA